AUGGUUGGCAGUAUCGACAUCGAAGGGUGUUCGGGUUUGGGAGUUAUCGGACGAUUCGACGACCAGAUAACACAGAAAACCCAGAUCUCGGCCGCUCGUCACCAACGGAGACCUUCAAGCAUGCGUGACGCCGCUAGUUCACCCAGAAAGCAGGAUGUUACCUACUUCUUCCUGCUCAAUGUUUCGUCUGGAUUCAUGCUAUCUGCUGCCCAUAACGUGCUGUUCUUUGUGCUCGACAUAAAAACUCCGGUCAUCCAUUUCCUUCAUCACUUCUUCACAUUUAUGUUUAUGAUGCUACUCUAUGCUCUCGGAUGCAUACCUAAAGGAUCGCUACCGCUUGAGGAAUUUAAAGUUCCGGUAGCAGCCAAGUUUUGUGAAGCAAUGCUCUCGUCAAUUGUUCAUUCACAAAACCGAACUGGAGAGUUGUAUUUGACAAGGAUAUUUGAUUUUGUGUUCACAUUCACAAUCCUUGUCGCUGGGAAACACUUGGUACCAUCACGAUCUACUGGAAAGCCAGAGCCCCAUUUGAUGAUACCUCUUGCUCUUGCCGCUUCACUCUCAUGGUUUGAAGUUGGUCAACUCGAAUACUCUGCGUUGUCCCUGUUCUUCGCCCCAUUCUUGGCUGUUGCUCGGGCACUUUCUCUGCUCACCAUGCAACGAGCCUUUGUUCGAACCAGUGAAAUGGGUCCGGGAGAAAAAGGAGACUGCACACUACAAUUUACCUUUUUGGAAAAACACAUUUUCUCCAAAACCGAACCAAUCUUCUGGGAAGGGAAAAUGUUCGCUCUCAUUCGUUCCUAA